CGGGGAAAGACACCUGAAAACAGCAAUCAAUCCUAAGAACCACGUGAAUUCUCCUCCCUUUGUGUACCGUACAGUACCAUUGUUCAUGCCGUCUGCCUAUCCCCCGCAUUCAACCGCGCGCCCAUUGGCAUUGACAACAACAACAACAAUAAUAACAACAACAUCAACACCACAAAAAAGAGCUUGGCAUCAGUGAAACCAUGAAACUCCUCUCCUCCCUGCUCGUCCGUGUCCUCACGCAUAACAUCCGCUUCGCAACCACUAGCCCGGGCACCGGCGAGCAGCCCUGGGCCGUCCGCGCCCCCUACCUCCUCUCCGAGCUGCGCUACCACGCCACGCUCCCCGCCUCCAUCAUCUGCCUGCAAGAAGUCCUGCACAACCAACUGACCGACGUGCUCUCCGGCCUCAACGGCAACAGCAGCGUCAAUGCCACCUUCCCGUCUGGGAACAACCCCAGCCAGGCCCAGCUUCCCCUCCCCUUCCCCAACAACGACGACAAUGCCACCUCCGCGCCAGAAUGGGCCCACAUCGGUGUCGGCCGUGACGACGGCGCCACCGCCGGCGAAUACAGUCCCAUCCUGUACCGACCAGCGGAAUGGCGUCUCUUGACAGGGACGACGUACUGGCUGUCCCCAACGCCGAGCACGCCGUCACGCGGCUGGGAUGCAGUAAGCCCGCGCGUGUGGACCGUCGCGGAGCUGCAGCACCAUUCAACGGGCGUGCAUUUCUUGGUCGUGAACACGCACAUGGACGACCAAGGCGCGGUUUCGCGACGUGAGGGCGCAGCCGUCAUUGCCCACUUUCUGCGCAACUACCGGAACGCCCACCCGGAAACUCCGUUUGUUCUUGCGGGCGACUUUAAUAGCGAUCCCAGAGAUGAGGCCUAUCGCUACUUGGCGGCCAUGCCCGAGCUGCUGCGUGAUGCCUUCGAUGUCGUACCCCCGCCCCGCCGUUAUGGGGAUUAUUAUACCUUCACCGGCUUCAAGGGCAAAGAAAACGAUCUCAAGCGUAUUGAUUUUGCGUGGGUUGGGCUGGGUGGUGGGAAUGGAUCGGAUGUCGGGCGCGUUGAGAACUAUGCAGUGCUGCCGAACCGAUUCGAGAAUCACGUUUAUAGUAGUGACCACAGGGCUGUGGUCGCUGACCUGGUCUUGUAAUUGGUUUGAGGAACGAGUGUUUGGAUGAUGUUACGAUAUUGCGAUUUGGUUGCCGGUAGAAAGUGUCAAACAGUUGAAGCACGCUUUCAGAAAAGAAACAGAAUAAGCAGCACCCGAGGAGUGUAGGAGCCAUAAAGGAUUAUUCUUUACCUACAGAGUAGUUACUGUUGCGAG